AUGGAGUAUUGGAAGUGGAAGUUGAAAAAGUAUCACACAUGUGUUGAUUCUGCCAUUCAAAUUUUGAAAUCAAUACAUGAAGAGCAUCAUCUAUCCCAUUCUGAUCAUGCGCUGAAAUUCCGCAUCUGGGCUAUGAUUCUGGACUUGAAUUUCUUGAAAAUGUUCUUUUGGGGAUUGGGUUUCCCGGAGGAACUCCUAGGAGCUGAUGGGAUGCUGCGUUUGACUUUCAUGGCGGAAAGAUUCCGGCGAGCAGCUAAGGGUUUUCAAAUGGGAUUCGAAGCUGCAGCCGGAGGAGAUAAGAUCACAAAUUGGGAUCUGACCGUUGGUCCUCUGGAAACAUUUAUUCAGGUAAAUAAGCCGGAAAUAUCAAAGAUGUGCAUUCAUUUACUAUCUGAUGAUGAUGAUGAAUUCAAAUGUAAGUACUCUCCCCUGCCCCGGGUUUCGCCUGAUGGAUAUAGAGAUGAUACAGAUUUAUUUAUGCAAUUUAUUCGAAGGUUUCUUGCUGUUUUUGGUACAAUUGUUCAUCUGCUUCCUCCGGUACUGGAGCCAAAUGUAGUUAAGCAACAAUUUGCCUCCAUAGAAAGGAAAAUCGAGCUGUUUGGGAAGUUUGUUUCUGUUCUUGAUUUCAAGGGACCGAGAUCCAUGAGAAUUCGCGAACUCAUGUGUCGCAUUCAGACUUGGGCAAGUCAUGUCUCUUGUCUCUUGUGCCUGUAUUGGAUUGAUGGAACUGAUCCGAGGCCAUCGUCUACAAUGGCUAAUCGGCUUUCUGAUUUGAUGAAGAAUCUUGUAUCAGCCGACGUUCCAGGGACAAUGGGGUUGUUUCUUGAUGUGUUCAAACCUGCAAAUUAUCGUAAACGUCAAGGUACAACGCUUCCUUCACUGCUUGCGGGUUAUAUUGAUCUUCUUCUUGAACAAUAUGUGAUUGAUGAUGUUGAAAUUGUUCGCGAGGGGUUGUUGUUCUUGUUCUCAUUUGUCUUGGACACACCGAAUCACAUGAUCUCUGCUGGAACAGAAUUUAUAUUAGCUGAAAUUGAUGCUAUUAUCAGCGAGGUGCCUUACAUUAUGUGCAUUCUCGAGAAAACUAAAUUGUCUAGUUUCCUUCUUAAGAUUGAUGGAGUUAAGGUUAAAGUAAGUGAGUUGUAUGCUGUGACUACUCUCUCAUCACAAUUCAAUUCUCCAAUGACUAAUGUAAUAGUAUUUCUCGACUCGCUCUUAGAGACACUGCAGGAAAUGUUGAAAGGGCGGGUUGAUUUUAUUCCUUCAGUCAAGAAUCAUGUUAUAGGAAUUCAUGAAGGGCUAGCAUUGUUGAGGCCAUUUCUACAACAUGUUAUGGAAAUACCCAGUGAUAGUGGUUUAAUCAUAGAUUUACAUACCCAAGUUGUCAACUUGAUACACUAUGCAUCGUAUGUCUCAAAGUUGUGCCCAAUCACUACUUCCUCAGUUUGGUAUGGUAUCUUAUGCCUACCAAACAUCAUACAAGACAUAAAACUUGCCAAGUGUGAGGUGGAAAAGAUUGAAGGUAAGCUUUUCAUGUGUAGCAAUAGCAACAAUAAGCUCAAAACUGAGAUGGAGUCUAGUAAUGCUAUCCUACCACAACCAACAACUUCCAAACAUGAAGGAAGUUUUAUAGGCUUUGGGGAGGAUGCACAAUUAAUAUCAGAUUACCUUCUGCAUGGAGGGAAGGAUCUCACUAUCAUUUCCAUUUCUGGAAUGCCUGGCCAAGGCAAGACAACAUUAGCCAGGCAAAUUUGUCAUGAUCCUUCAAUAAACUAUCACUUUCACAAAAUUGCAUGGUGUUAUGUUUCCAAAGAAAGUAAGAAAAGAAGAUUAUUGGCCAGCAUUUUAUGGGGUGACAGUGGUGUCGUGGAUGCCAACAUUGAAAUGCAAGAUUUAGUUGAGCGGGUGUGGAGAAGUUUGAAGGGUCAUAGAUAUCUUAUUGUUUUGGAUGACAUUUGGGAUGUUGAUGCCUGGUAUCAAUUGAAAGAUUCAUUUCCUGAUGAUAGCAAUGGAAGUCGGAUCUUGUUUACCAGUCGAAACGACGCUCUAGCUUCACAAUGUAAUCCGAAUUCGAUUUCUCAUCGUCUUCCAUUAUUUUCUGAUGAAGAAAGUUGGGAAUUGAUCAAAGAUAAGCUUUCUUACUCUGAUGGGUUUCCUCUAGAACUUGAAGAGGUAGGAAGACAAAUUGCAGUUUCUUGCAAAGGGCUACCGUUGGCAGUUAGCCUAAUUGCCUCUCACCUCAAAAGGACAUCACAAGGAUUUGAGUUGUGGAUGGAAGUGUUAGACAAUAUGAAAUCCCACCUUGCAAGUGAAGGGUGCAUGCACAUAAUAGAGAUGAGUUACAAGUAUUUGCCCCAUCAUUUAAAACCAUGCUUUCUUUACUUUGGAACUGGUUUUCAAAGGGGUGAAGAAAUUCCUGCCGGACAUUUAAUACGCAUUUGGAUAGCUGAAGGAUUUGUCAAGGAAAAUGAGAGGCGGUGCUCAGUUGAUUUGGGAAGGGAGUACUUGGAAUAUCUUGUUUCUCAAAAUUUAGUUGUUGCCACUGAAAGAGGUUUAACAGGGAAGAUAAAGUAUUGCAAUAUUCAUGAUCUCCUAUACGACUUGUGCUUACAGAAAGCCAUCGAAGAUGAUAUCUUACAUUUGGUUGACUAUAGAAUUGCUCUUAAUGAAUCUCAUCCGUCUCGUCCCAGAAAGUAUAGCUUCCACCAUCAUUGGGUUAGCAUUUGUGACAAGAAUCCAACUUUCACCCAACUUACAUCCGAUUCUCUCAGAAAGGAACUACCAACCAGCCAGGUUCACUCUCUUUUGUCAUCUUCUCGUGAUAUUGGACCAAUACAAUAUAGAUUCUUGUCUUCCUUUCUUGGCAGAUUUAGAGUUCUUACGGUGUUGAAUAUGUUUGAUGUAAGUCUGCGUGGGUGUAAGUUUCCUGAAGUAAUCUUGUUCAAUGUUCAUUUGAGAUAUUUGGCUUUGCGUGGCUCUUUUUCUCAUGUUCCAUUGUCAAUAGCUAACUUGUGGAACUUGGAAACACUUAUUUUAUACUCAGAACAUUUUAUGUUAUCAUUACCAAAAGUGUUAUGGGGGAUAAAAAGUUUAUGUGAUGUCCAAAUUGUGAGUUCUUGUCUUGACUUCAAUGACUUUGGGAAGAAUGUGUCCUUAACAGCAGCAGCAAGUCAGAUUGAGUGCUUUGAGGGAAUAGUUCUUCAGUAUGAUGUUAAGACGCAGGAGUUUUUGAGAAACUUACCUAGGCUUAGGAAGUUAAACUGUUUUUAUAAGGAUGAAGAGUUUCGUCCCGAGUGGCUAUCCAUGUUUGGAUCUUUGCAAAAGCUAGAGAGCUUAAUGAUUUCUAAGUGUUACGAGACUGACAGUGAUGGAAAGCUCUUGUUUUCUAAACAUGGAGGUCUCUUGUUUCCCAACUAUGAUUGUAGAAAUCUAAAAUUAAACUUUCCGGAGCCUCUUAAGAAACUGUCUUUGUGGAACUUAGAACUGCCUUGGAGUGCCAUGUCAACAAUUGGCCAGCUCCCAAAUCUCCUAACUCUCAAGUUACAUUUUAAUGCAUUCAAGGGGCCAACAUGGGAUUUGCAAGAUGGAGCUUUCUCAAAACUUAAAUAUUUGAAAUUAUAUUGGAUGAAUGUUCAACAAAUAAACGACUCUGACUGCUGUGAGAAUCCCCCAUUUCCUUUUCUUGAGAGGCUUUUUGUGUACUAUUGUAAGAGACUUGAGGAGAUUCCUCGUAGCUUUGGAGAAAUCUAUACCUUGAACACCAUUCGUUUGGUUGGAUCUCCUAGAGUCUCAGACUUAGUGGCAUCAAUUGUGGAAGAACAACUGGAGAUGGGAAACCAAGAUCUCCAGUUAGUUGUCUUGGAUCAGGUUUUUGGCGUUCAUGAUCGUCACUAUAAAGAGCAUGAGGAUCGUUAUAAAGAUGAAGAUAAUGACAGUGAUGUAGAACAACCAUGA